GAGCCCCACCCACCGAACCCCGCCCGCGCCGGGAGCAUCUCGCGUCCCCAGCGGGCCCCCGAGUCGGUUUCCGCGGUGGCCAUGACUGCGGCCGUAUUCUUCGGCUGCGCCUUCAUUGCCUUCGGGCCUGCGCUCGCCCUUUAUGUCUUCACCAUCGCCACCGAGCCGUUGCGUAUCAUCUUCCUCAUCGCCGGAGCUUUCUUCUGGUUGGUGUCUCUACUGAUUUCGUCCCUCGUUUGGUUCAUGGCAAGAGUCAUUACUGACAACAAAGAUGGACCAACACAGAAAUAUCUGCUGAUCUUUGGAGUGUUUGUCUCCGUCUAUAUCCAAGAAAUGUUCCGAUUUGCAUAUUAUAGACUCUUAAAAAAAGCCAGUGAGGGUUUGAAGAGUAUAAACCCAGGUGAGACAGCGCCCUCCAUGCGACUGCUGGCCUAUGUUUCUGGCUUGGGCUUUGGAAUCAUGAGUGGAGUAUUUUCCUUUGUGAAUACCCUAUCUGACUCCUUGGGGCCAGGCACGGUGGGCAUUCAUGGAGAUUCUCCUCAAUUCUUCCUUUAUUCAGCUUUCAUGACGCUGGUCAUCAUCUUGCUGCAUGUGUUCUGGGGCAUUAUAUUUUUUGAUGGCUGUGAGAAGAAAAAGUGGGGCAUCCUCCUUAUCGUUCUGCUGACCCACCUGCUGGUGUCAGCCCAGACCUUCAUAAGUUCUUAUUAUGGAAUAAACCUGGUGUCAGCAUUUAUAAUCCUGGUGCUCAUGGGCUCCUGGGCAUUCUUUGUUGCGGGAGGCAGCUGCCGAAGCCUGAAACUCUGCCUACUCUGCCAAGACAAGGACUUUCUUCUUUACAACCAGCGCUCCAGAUAACCUCUGGGAACCAGCACUUCCCAAACCGCAGACUACAUCUUUAGAGGAAGCACAACUGUGCCUUUUUCCGAAAAUCCCUUUUUCUGGUGGAAUUGAGAAAGAAAGAAAACUAUCCAGAUACGAGUUCCAUUCACUUGGCUUUCACGCAACUGCUCUCCGAAAGGGGUGCUCAGUGGUGUGCAUCCUGGCUGCAUGAGAAUCACCUGGGACAAUGUAAAGCCGACUGAUUCUGGGCUCCACCUUCCAGGGCUAAUUGGCCUGGGCACGUGGUGAGUUUUAAAAGCUUCCCAGGUGAUUCUGAUGUGCAGCCAGGUAGAGACCCACUGGUUUGGUAUCCAAACAGGAGCUUCCUGAGAACGCCGUAAGUGAAUGAGAAUCUGGUGUUUAACUGUCUCCUCACUCAACUUGUGCUGUGCAAGUAAGUAUCUGAAUGUCAAAUCCUGGUUAUCUUUUAUCUUUCUAAGUUCCAAAGUCACAAAAGGCUAAAGGGCUAUCACCCCUGUUCACUGUUUUCGUGUACUUCACCAUCUUAGAACACGGUAGGUUGGGCUUCUAAAUGCAAUAAUAAAUUACGCUGACUAUGAUAACUUAGCUAAAGUAAGAUACUGAUUAAGCCGUAUUUUUCUGAAGUUCUUCCAUUCUAGGUUUUGCUUUCUGAGGCAUUACAUUGUUUUUGAGUAUAGAUUACAUUUUAUUAACUAAAAAUGAUUGUUUUCUGACUUCCUUGGGAAGGUAUUUUAAAAUCAGGAAUUUUUAUGCAAUGUCCAUAAGCCUGUUUAAAGCUUUCCAUGGGCUCUGCCCCAAGACCGUUGGCUGCAGCGUUCACCAUCUGAGUGCCAGUUGCUGGCCUAGUUGAGGUGAAGUGCAUUGUUUUCUCUCUGAGCAGCUGUGCAGGGAGCUGAGUGAUGUGCCCUGGGACAGGCUUCACUGGAGCUGGUGGAAGUAUAACCAGAAGCACAAGGAAAUGAGCCAAAAGGGUGUCAUUGACACUUUUCAUUUGCUCCUGUGAUACUAACAACACUUUCACCCAAAUGGUUUAAUGUACUAUUCGAAAUAGAUCUUAAACUGCCAAAUGUCACACUAUUGCAUAAUCCAUAUGAUCUUUAGAGCUAGUCAGUGUCUCUGGGUUUUGGUAGCAGAUACAGCGCUCCCUUUACAGGAAUACCCAAGGUGUUCUUUCAGCUUCCAAACAGGCCCUUUGAUUUCCUUUAUAAAGGGAAAAUGCCAGCAAAUCGUGGCUUUACUAUUAGAAAUUGUUCCCAGUUGAUGUCUUUUGGGGAGCUGGUGACGUGAAAUGCAAAUGACCUAUACAUUAAAGUCAUGUCUCAGUGAAUACCGUACAUGCAGUAGAACAUUCAAAAGAGAGGAGCAGCAAUCCUGAGGGGCUGGGGGAGUGACAGUGGCAGGACAGAUGGGCGGGUUUGACAGAUUAUGGUGGGAAGAAGAAUGAUCAUGUUUAAAGCCAAUAUAGCCAGUGUUUUGGGCUAGCCACACAUCAUUCCAGAGACUAAAACCUUACUCAUGAACUAGACCUUUAUCGAUAUCAGUGAAGCCCCAUGUUUAAAAUAUUAGAAUGUUUAGAGAGAAAAUAGAGAUAAUAGAGAUAAAAGAAGAGGAGGGCUUCUAGCAAUGCUGUAAACAGUCCGAUAAGCGACUGUGGUUAUUCCCCUAAAGUUUACCUCAGCGCUAACACUAGUGCUUCCGCUGGAGUUGGCAGUUUUCCAGCUUUAUACAAGAUUUUCCUUUGACUGGAAGAGUCAAUGAUAGAGAGACUCAACAGUGACAUUUAUUGUACAUCAAGGGGAAUAAGAUACUCAUCAAACUAGGAUUGUGCUUAUCCAAACAUGGUCUUCUUUGAAUAAGAAAAAUACAUAGUUGGUUAUUAUGGACUUAGAACUCUGUUAAAUGGAUAUUCUGAUAAAAUAUUUGCUGAUCUGUAGAGUGUGGAAAAUCUGAGAAUAUUAGCUUUACUCAUCUUGAGCUUUGAGGAUGUUCUCUGUACGCUGAUGGUUUCAUAUUAACUAAAAAAGCUGGAUAUUGUAAAAUCUCAUUUAUAAAAACUCAGAUGAGAAGAACAUUUUCUUUGGUGGUGAGACUGUUGUCUUCGUUCAGGAAAUUAUUUAAUAAUCCUUUGUUACCUGUGAAUGAAGGAACUUUGUAAUUCUGAUUUCUCCUAAAACAUGAGUCUUUCCAGAGUCAGCUUAGACACUGUUGUUACAAAUAGCCAUGCUUUGCCUUAUGCCAAGGAGGCCCAGAGGGAGAGCGUAGUCUUCCUCCCUUGCUGUGCAUAUAUUGAAAUGCUUUUUUUUUUUUUUUUGCCUUUGUUAUCUAUAAUGAGCUUUCUGAGCCCUGAUAAUAUGUGAGACAAACAGGAGUUAUUGAUGUUAUACACUCCCUUCCAUUCAGGAUUUUUUGCUUGGAGGGAAAUAUGUUGACCUUGGAGAAUUGUGAAUAUUGUUGCAAUUCUUGAAUAUAUUACCAUGUGAAUAAUAGAGACUGUGUUGCUGUCUAGUAUAAGCUAUAUUUAUUUUUGAUUCAUUCGAAUUACUAGUUAUAACUGGAGAAGUUUUGUUACCUCUAUCCUGGCCUGCCUGACUGGCAGUAUAAUAGCAGCAGCCUCUUUGAGAGCAUCUUAAUGAAAACAUGGAUGAAAGGAAUCAGUGAUGAUAUCUGCAGACUGCAUAGAAAAUGGCUUUUGUUCCCAGUGUUAACAUUUUCUUCUCAGUCACAUUUCAAUGUUUGCGGAGAGUGGCAGAUUCACACCGGAAACUCUAGAGGUGUUCAUAUCCAUAGCAUGGAUGCAGAAUAAGCAGUUGGGACAGAAGCUUCUUCUACCUGGUACUCCUCCCAUUCACCUCAGCCCAGCCCCAGACAGGUGUUAGCAUUCAGUGUGGGCCCUCGGGCAGCCCUGAAGCCUGGCUGGGCCACCAGACACGGGGGCAGCCUGUGGCGGGCACCAGCGGCCUGAUUCCAGGGAAGAGUUCCUGGAGGGUGUUGGCUGUUUUUGUUAGCUCAGUUUUCCUUACUCCAGGUAGACAAGAUAGACGUCACACACAACAAUUUUAAAGCAUUUUGCUUAGUGCAUUUUGUUUAUGACUGCAAUGUUUGUUGCUUAUUUAAUAGGCUUUUUACUUCAUUCUAUUAAAUUUUAGUGUUUAGAAGAGGUGGGUACUGUCACUGUGUAAAAUAUGUAAUAUAUGUUAUACCAUGUCAUAUAUACUUGCAAUAUCAGACCUUGCAUUCAGUAUACAAUGCAACUGACUCUUUGCAGACCUGCAUUUUUCAGUGAACAAUAAAAAGAUGGUCUGGCGCUCCUCAUUUCGAAAUCUGUGUUUCCUGUUCUGUGGAAUGGUGUAUCCUUUAGUAUCGCUUACUACCGUGUUUUGUCUCCUUAUGAAACUUGGAUGUACAUUCUGUUGUUGAUGACUGAUCAGUUCAGAGGCUUUUUUCAAAGAGAAAUUCUCUAUCUGAUUUGAAACUCCUGAGGCUUAUUUCAUAUCCGUGUGUUUACGAGUCGUUUGGUGCAGAGCAUUUCCUUGAGGUAUCUUAAACCAAGCCGGGGGAAUCCUCAAAGAUCCCGGAAGCUUGUUUUGCAAAAUAUCCUAAUUGUAAACUGGUGAAUUUAAAGAAUGUUGCAUAAUAGUGGCUGAGGAUUGGAGUCCGGUGAAGAGGAGAGUACGAUUUAGUUUUUACCUGGUAAUUCUGAGUAGCCUAUAGAGUCCUUUUCUCUUUCUUUCCCUUGGUGAGGAGACAGUGCAGCCAAAGGGUUGAGCUUGGCCCUCGCCAUCAGACAGGAUACAUAGGGGAUUAGGAUACGAAACUCAAAACCAUUUGAUGCUGGUUCACUCUGGCUUGAAAUGAGGCUGUUGCAGGCUAUGUUGAUGAUGUUAUUGGAUGAAACAUUCUCAGGUUCCAAGGGCUCUUUGCUUCUAACCUGUAAACCAGUGGAAGAGGUGGGCAUUCCUCAGGUAUCAGCCCAGAUUCCUGUACAAUUUCCUUGGCCCGUAAACACUGAAUUUUGGUUCUAAUUUAAUUGUUACUUGUUUGGCAUUUAGUUGGAAUGGAGAUUUCCCUGUGACCAGCCUCAACACAUGAGCAACCUCUAAUGGAACGAAGUGCAUAUUUUACUUUCACCUCUUUGAAAAUGCUGAACAGAAGGAACCUCUGGACAGGUUAUGGUCCCAGUCUCAAUAAAAGAAUUAGAUACAUUCUAAGGUGACCAUAAUAGAUUAUGAGUCCCAAGCGGAUCCUGGCUUUAAUGCUCAAUUAAUUUAUAAGUGGUACUUUUUGCCUCAGUGUGGAUCACUGUAAAUCCUUCUAGCUACUAGUAAAAUUACACAUUUUUUAGAGCUUGCACAAAAUCAGAUGGAGUUUACAGUGCUUGUUCAGGGCUUACCAUGCACAGAAUACUGCUUAGGCACUUUAAAAGGGUGGAAAAGAACGGGAUGGUGGGGAUCUUUGUCCUUGGAAAACAUGUAAUCUAACUGCACAGAUUAAAACACCUAAGUAUUAUUUUAAGGCAACUACAAAAUGCACUACAAAUUAUGGAAUAAUAUAGAAUAGCUCUACUACUAAGAUGAUGCUUAAAAUUUAGAAGUGGAUGAAGGGCACUGGGUAGUGGAUAUAGAUAGGUGAUAGCUGAGGACUGAACCUUGGGGGCAGUCAAUUGGAAGGUUGAAAAGGAGAGAAGGAAGAAGGAAAACCAGAGGGGUGCAGUGUCUUGACAGCUGGUGGGGAAAGGAUGUCAAAUGCUGCUGGAUAAUGGGUAAGAAGAGGAGAGAGAAUUGACUGUUGUGUAUGGAGAGAUGGAACUUGCUAGUGACUUUGAUAAAAACAAGAUGGAAAUCAGAGUGAACAUCUGAAUAGAAUGGAUUGUACAGAACAGGAGAUAAGGAAGUAGACACAGCAUCGAGAACACAGGUAUUGUAGGGCAAUGGGAUGAUAACCUAAGGAGGAUGUGGGGGAAAGAGAGUUUUUUUUCUUUUUUUCCUUGUGAUGUAGACUGUAACUGUAACUGCAUGUUUAUAUUAAGAAUGACUCCGUAGAAAGGAAAAAAUUACAUAGGAGAGGGAUAGGAUAGUUGCCAAAGCAAAGACCUGAAAGAGGGAAUAGAGAGGGAAAUUCUUUUAUUUAUUUGUUUAUUUAUUUAUUUGAGACAGAAUCUUGCUCUGUCAUCAGGCUGGGGUGCAGUGGCAUGAUCUUGGCUCACUGCAACCUCUGCCUUCCAGGUUCAAGCAAUUCUCCUACCUCAGCCUCCCGAGUAGCUGGGACUACAGGUGCGCACCACCAUGCCUAUCUAAUUUUUGUAUUUUUAGUAGAGACGGGGUUUCACCAUGUUGGCCAGGCUGGUCUUGAACUCCUGGCCUCAGGUGAUCUGCCCACCUUGGCCUCCCAACGUGCUGGGAUUACAGGUGUGAGCCACCGUGCCAGGCCAAGAGAGGGAAAUUCUUAACAUUAAAUGCUUAUAUUAGGUAAGUAAAAAUAUUCAAAAUCAAUGACCUAAGCAUCUAAAGAAAGCCGAUAAAGAAGAGCAAACUAAAGCUAAUAUAAGGAGAAGAAAUGAAAUCAUAACAGAACAGGAACCAAAGAAAUAGCAGUAAAACAAGGAGGAAAAAUGAAACAAAAAUCUGGUUCUUUGAAAAAAACCAAUAAACCUGGUAAAGCUCUGGCCAGAUGGAAAAAAGAGAAGACACAAAUAUCAGUAAUGACAGGAGACAUCACUAUAGGCCCUACGUUACUAAAUAAAUAAUAAAGGAUAUUAUGGAUAACUUUAAUGCCAAUAAAUUUAAAAACUUAAAUGGACAAAUUCCUUCUUAAAAAAAACCCACAAAGUUCACUCAAGAGAGGCCAAGGUGGGUGGAUCACCUGAGGUCAAGAGUUCAAAACCAGCCUGGCCAACAUCUCUACUAAAAAUACAAAAAAUAAGCCAGGCGUGGUGAUGGGCACCUGUAAUCCCAGCUACUUGGGAGGUUGAGGCAGAAGAAUCGCUUGAACCCGGAAGGCUGAGGUUGCGAUGAGCUGAGAUCACACCAUUGCACUCCAGCCUGGGCAACAAGAGUGAAACUGUCUCAAAAAAAAAAAAAAAAAAAGAAAAAGAAAA